GUUCUAUUCAAGUGUUCAUCUCAGACAACCAAACAUGAAGUGGUUGCUCGCUGUCAUCGCCCUUACCGUCUCUGCCUUGGCCGCCCCCGCUCUCGAGAAGAGGGCAUCUGCCAGUGAUGUCGCUACCGUCGGAUAUGCCGCAUCGGCUGGGACCACUGGAGGCUCUGGUGGCACCACGACCAGAGUCAGCACUCUUGCUGCUCUUACCUCCGCCGUAUCCGGUAACGCCAAAAAGAUUGUCAUCAUUGAUGGGACCAUCACCGGUGAUACCGUCGUGAAAAUUGGUUCCAAUACCUCUGUUCUUGGUGCAGCAGGAGCUUCUCUCGUCGGAGUUGGUCUUCGUGUCCUGUCAGAAAGCAACGUGAUUAUCCGCAACAUCAAAAUCAGCAAGGUUCUUGCAUCUGCUGGGGAUGCCAUUGGUAUCCAGGCAUCAAGCAACGUUUGGAUUGACCACAAUGAUCUUUCUAGCGACCGCGAUCAUGACAAAAACUGUUAUGAUGGGCUUCUUGAUAUCACGCAUGGUUGUACUGGGAUCACGGCGACUUACAACUACAUUCAUGACCACUGGAAGGCUUCUCUUAUUGGUCAUUCCGACUCAAACGGUUCUCAGGAUACCGCCAUCACGGUCACCUACGCCCUCAACUACUUCAAGAACUUGAAUUCGCGCACGCCCUCCUUCCGUUUCGGACACGGCCACAUUUUCAACAACUACUACCAGACCAACAAUGAUGGUAUCAACACCCGCGAUGGCGCUGAACUCCUUGUUGAGAACAACGUCUGGACCAGCGACAACAAAAAUCCCCUCUACUCCACCGAUGAAGGUUACGCUGUCGCUCGUGGAAAUAACUUCGGUGGCCUGUCUAACACUGCUCCGACUGGCACUUUCACUACUGCGCCUUACUCCUACAGCUUGAUCAGCGCAUCCAGUGUUGCGAGCACGGUCAAGGGGUCGGCUGGUGCUACGCUUUCCUUCUGAAAUAGUAGUUAAACGGUCGUACCAUAACUUUCUUUCGUUGAAUGACUGUCACGAAAUGUGUAUACAUAACAAACAUGCAUUUGGUUGCUGUGC